GUUAAUAACAACAACCUUCAAUACUACGGAGAGGUUCACAUCGGAGAUCCACCGCAGAGAUUCCUAGCGAUAUACGAUACUGGAUCAGAGAAGCUCUGGGUACCCGGCGAACGGUGUCACGGCGAGGCUUGCAUUCAUCAUCAUAAAUUUCAUCCAGUCAAGAGCCAGAGCUUCCAGCAAAGCAUUGGCGGCGAACGCCGCAUGACUUAUGGCACUGGGGAGGUAUGCCG